AGAAAGUUGAUUGUGAAUCGAGCUCUCAAACGAAUAGGAACGUUUUGAAGUCAUUCGAAUUUAAACAGAGAAAUAAAGUGAAUUAAAUACCUAUUGUGUAGUUUAAACUAAUAUAGAAUGAUCUACGGAACAACUGUGAAUAGUUGAGAAAUUAAAGUGCGGCUUAAACUAAGUUUUAAUUGGUGAACCUUUCAAUCAAGAAGAACUACGUCAGCAAAUUGCCUACAAAACCCUUUAUUAACUAUUAAAAUCAACAGGAAAUCUGUUCCUCAAGUGCUAAAAUGUGCAAUUCACGAGCAGUUCAAGAUAAAUCAAAUAGUUUUGUGCUGAAAAAAGUGUCUGAGGGCAGAACAAUGAAAGCCAUCCAAAAAUGGGGCUCCACGGGGCAAGAAAAAACUUGACGAAGCGCAGCUGCAGCAACUUUUCUCUAUAUGUUCAUGUACAUAUACAUAUACAAACUAUGGUGUGCAUCGGGUGUACAAAGAAAACGAGUCUUUGUUCUGCCCACAAAUCGAUGGCGAUGCGACAGCAACAACUACAACGCAGAGCAGGAUACAUACAUACAUACAUAAGUUGAAUGGUCUUUUUAAGCCCGACUUGCCUGUGGAACACUCGAAAUGGAAGUUUUGUAAGAGUUUGAACACUCUGAAUCACCGAAUCGCCAGACACUCCCAAAUGUUCUUGGCCCAUAAAAAACGAUGAUGGUCGUCCGAAGAUUAGUGAGCUGGACCCGGCAGGAUUUGGUAUUUAUGACUACUAUUCUACUUGCUACCAAGCAUCCAUCGCUAACGACCCACCAAAUCCACAAAUCAACCACAACAUAUACUAAGUAUAUCCCAGGCAGUGAAAAAGCGUAUCAUGCUACCAACCAAUUUGUCUAUAUCCUGUGUGCAUAUAUAUCGUUAGAAGUCUAAGUGUAUUUGCAGGUCCGCCAACAAACCAAACCAAACCAAACCAAACUACAACAUCGCCACUAAUCUUUUCUUUCUCUAUUUAUAUAUGCCAUAUAUAUACAUAUAUAUAUGUAUCCCAUGUCCACAUAAAUUCCGACUCUGCCCUUAUCCCAUGACUUAUGAACCGUUCGCCUUGCAGUUUCCAAAUACCAAACCGCCUACGCCUGCGAAGGUAAGAAACUGACCAUCGAGUGCGAUCCCGGCGAUGUGAUUAACCUGAUACGGGCCAACUACGGCCGCUUCUCGAUCACCAUCUGCAAUGACCACGGCAAUGUGGAGUGGAGUGUCAAUUGCAUGUUCCCCAAGUCACUCAGCGUACUGAACUCAAGAUGUGCUCACAAGCAGAGCUGCGGAGUGCUGGCGGCCACGAGCAUGUUCGGGGAUCCCUGUCCCGGGACCCACAAAUACCUGGAGGCGCACUACCAGUGCAUCAGUGCUGCCCAGACCUCGACGACGACCAACAGGCCCAGUCCGCCGCCAUGGGUGCUGAGCAAUGGUCCGCCGAUCUUUAGCAAUGGCAGUGGCCUGAUCCAUCCGCCCGGCGGUCCACCGCCGCCGCCACGCCUCCCCACACUGCCCGGAGUGGUGGGCAUUAGCGGGAAUCCCGGACUGUUUAAUGUGCCGCCACAGCACACGGCUGUGACCCAUUCCACGCCCUCGAGCAGCACGGCAGGAUUGGGCGGCGGACGACUCAAGGGUGUGGCCAGCUCGACGACGACCACCAAGCAUCCAGCAGGUCGCCACGAUGGUCUGCCCCCGCCACCGCAACUGCACCACCAUCACAAUCAUCAUGGCGAAGGCGAGGUCGCCGCCGCACCCACCAAGCCGAGCAGUAAGCUUCCUGCGGCCGGAAAUGCCACGGCUCCCUCGAACACUCGCAUCCUAACGGGCGUGGGAGGAUCCGGCACCGAUGAUGGCACCCUGCUGACCACCAAGAGCUCACCCAAUCGACCACCUGGCCCUGCGGUCAGUGGAUCGGCCAUGAGCGGCAACAACAGUGUCGUGCGCACCAUCAACAACAUCAAUCUGAAUGCCGCUGGGAUGUCCGGCGGCGAUGAUGAGUCCAAGCUGUUCUGCGGUCCCACCCAUGCCCGCAAUCUCUUCUGGAACAUGACCCGCGUGGGUGAUGUCAAUGUGCAGCCAUGUCCAGGCGGUGCAGCCGGCAUAGCCAAGUGGCGAUGUGUGCUAAUGAAACGGAUGCCGGACUCCGGCUACGAUGAGUACGACGAUGAUCCUCCCAGCUCAACGAGCUCCACCCCGACGGCCACUGCUAGCGGUGGCGACUGUCUGCACAACAGCAGCAGCUGCGAACCGCCGGUGAGCAUGGCGCACAAGGUCAACCAGCGGUUGCGCAACUUUGAGCCCACCUGGCAUCCCAUGACACCCGAUCUGACGCAGUGCCGCAGCCUCUGGCUGAACAAUCUGGAAAUGCGCGUCAACCAGCGCGACUCCUCGCUGAUCUCCAUUGCCAACGACAUGUCCGAGGUGACCAGCAGCAAGACGCUCUACGGCGGCGACAUGCUGGUCACCACCAAGAUCAUCCAAACUGUUUCGGAGAAGAUGCUGCACGACAAGGAGACCUUCCCCGAUCAGCGACAGCGCGAGGCCAUGAUCAUGGAGCUGUUGCAUUGCGUGGUCAAAACGGGCUCCAACCUGCUGGACGAGUCCCAGUUGUCCUCGUGGCUGGACUUGAAUCCGGAGGACCAGAUGCGUGUGGCCACAUCCCUGCUAACUGGCCUGGAGUACAACGCCUUCCUGCUGGCGGACACGAUCAUCAGGGAACGCAGUGUGGUGCAGAAGGUCAAGAAUAUAUUGCUCUCGGUACGAGUGCUGGAGACCAAGACCAUCCAGUCCAGCGUUGUCUUCCCGGACUCGGAUCAGUGGCCCCUGAGUUCCGAUCGCAUAGAGCUUCCCCGAGCGGCUCUCAUCGACAACAGCGAAGGCGGCCUGGUGCGCAUUGUGUUCGCCGCCUUCGAUCGCCUGGAGUCCAUCCUCAAGCCGAGCUACGAUCACUUUGAUCUGAAGAGCUCACGCAGCUAUGUUCGCAAUACAGCCAUCCUGGCCAACGAUAGCGAUGCGAAUGCAGGAGAGAUGCAGCAGCGUCUUCGCAUCCUCAACAGCAAGGUGAUCUCGGCCAGCUUGGGCAAGGGGCGGCACAUACAGCUCUCGCAGCCCAUAACUUUAACGCUGAAGCAUCUGAAAACCGAGAACGUAACGAAUCCCACCUGUGUGUUCUGGAACUACAUUGACCAUGCCUGGUCUGCCAAUGGCUGCAGCUUGGAGUCCACGAAUCGGACGCACAGCGUGUGCAGUUGCAACCACCUGACCAACUUUGCCAUACUCAUGGACGUGGUUGAUGAGCACCAGCACUCGCUGUUCACCAUGUUCGAUGGGAACAUGCGCAUCUUCAUCUACAUCAGCAUCGCCAUCUGCGUGGUGUUCAUCGUGAUUGCCCUGCUGACGCUGAAGCUCUUCAACGGGGUCUUUGUGAAGUCUGCCCGCACCUCGAUUUAUACCAGCAUUUACCUUUGCCUGCUGGCCAUCGAGCUGCUCUUUCUGCUGGGCAUUGAACAGACCGAAACAAGCAUUUUCUGCGGCUUCAUAACCAUUUUCCUCCACUGUGCCAUACUAUCUGGCACCGCCUGGUUCUGCUACGAAGCCUUCCAUUCGUACUCCACCCUCACCUCGGAUGAGCUCCUCCUGGAGGUGGACCAGACGCCCAAGGUGAACUGCUACUACCUCUUGUCCUACGGACUGUCCUUGAGUGUGGUGGCCAUCUCGCUGGUCAUCGAUCCCAGCACCUACACCCAGAACGAUUACUGCGUCCUGAUGGAGGCCAAUGCCCUGUUUUAUGCCACCUUUGUGGUUCCAGUGCUCAUCUUCUUUGUGGCUGCCAUUGGCUAUACGUUCCUGUCCUGGAUCAUCAUGUGUCGCAAGAGUCGCACGGGUCUGAAGACCAAAGAGCACACUCGAUUGGCCAGCGUGCGUUUCGACAUACGCUGCUCCUUUGUGUUCCUCUUGCUGCUGAGUGCCGUUUGGUGCUCCGCCUAUUUCUACCUGCGUGGAGCCAAAAUGGACGAGGACACGGCCGACGUGUAUGGCUAUUGCUUCAUCUGCUUCAACACCUUGCUGGGGCUGUACAUCUUCGUGUUCCACUGCAUCCAGAACGAGAAGAUCCGCAGGGAGUACCGCAAGUAUGUGAGGCAGCACGCCUGGCUGCCCAAGUGCCUGCGCUGCUCGAAGACCUCCAUUUCGUCGGGCAUCGUGGCGGGCAACGGACCCACAGCCGCCGGCACACUUUGCAGUGUGUCCACCUCCAAGAAGCCCAAGCUGAUGCCGCUGGGCGUGAGCGAGGAGGCCGACGAUGAUCCCCAGCAGCAACAGCAGGCGAGUGGGCCCAUCACCGAGGACGCCAUCAUGGGAGCCAGCUCUGAUUGUGAACUGAAUGAAGCCCAGCAGCGGAGGACGCUGAAGAGUGGCCUGAUGACGGGCACCCUGCAGGCACCAUCGCAUGUGGUCCUCGAAAGGGGCAGCACCCUGCGCUCCACUGGCCACGCCUCACCCACCAGUUCUGCCGGAUCCACGCACCUGAUCUUCGCCCACAAGCAACAACAACAGCAGCAGCACCAGCAGCAGCAACAACAAGCGGGUCCCCUGGGCGAGUCCUACUACCAUCAACCGGACUACUACAGCUGGAAGCAGCCACCGACUGGAGCCGCAGGGGCAUUGAAGGGUCAGCGGGAGUACUACAACAAUGCAGGAGCAGCUGCCUCCUCGCCGCAGCAGGCGCACGAGGUCUUCUACUGGACCCAGAAGCCCAGCAGUCAGCAUGGCAAAAAGAAGAGGGGAGGCGGUGCUGGCGGAGUGCCCGCCUCGCCCAGUGGAUCGCUGCAUAGUCGCACGGCCGCCGCCUCCCAGGUGCUCUUCUAUCCGUCGUACAAGAAGACCAAGUCGGGCCAGCAGUCCGGCUAUCCGCAAUACGCGGAGGCAUUGGAUCCACCAACGCUGGCCACCGCUGGCAAUGCGGCUGUCUACUACCAGCAGCAGCAGCAACAGUUGCGUCGCCAGCAGCAACAGCAGCUGCAGCAGCAGCAACAGCAACAACAGCAGCUCUCCUCGGAUGAGGAACAGGCCGAGCAACAUGCUCACCUGUUGCAUCUGCAACGACGAGCCGGUGGCCAGCAACAACUGCCCGCUCCGCCGCCGCACAUGGCGCAGUACCAGCAGGAGUUCAUGCAGCGCCAGUAUAGAAAUAAGCAUUCCAACUGUGAUUUGGGCAUGGGCGAUGCCUACUACAACCAGGGCGGCGCGGAUGGCGGUCCCGUCUACGAGGAGAUCCUCAGCAACCGCAACUCGGAUGUGCAGCACUACGAGGUGGGUGACUUCGAUGUGGACGAGGUGUACAACAAUAGCGUGGGCACCGGUGUCUUCAACAAUAUGCGAGCGGCGGUGGCCGCCGGCGGUAGUCGUUAUGGCGGCGGCAGCCUCAGUGGCGGCAGUGUCUCGUCCAGGAGUCAACAACAACAACAGCAGCAGCAGCUCCAGAAGCAGCAACAGCAACAACAGUCGCUGGCCCAGCAGAGAUCGGCUAGACGCUGCACGGCGGAUGAUGACGACGACGAGGACGACGACGACGAGGAGGAGGAUGAGGAGGCAACGGCCGCGGAGCAAUUGCACGACAGUGUCUGUGAUGAGGAUGAGGAGGAGGACGAGAGCGACUUGGAGGACGAUGCUCAUGGAUUGCCACCACAGAGCGAUGAGCGGAUGCGUCGUCUGAUGGCGAUGCAGGACGAGGACUUUAAGCGGCGGUUUCAACGUCAGCUGCGUAAGCAUGGAGCGCCCUUGGACUACGGAUCCUUGCCGCCGGGAUCGGCGCCAGGAUCAGGUCCGCACCCCGAGCACAACGGUGCGGUUUUUGGGGUUAGCGGCGGCGUUGGUGAGGGCUCCAUGCGUGGCGCAUUCCGGCAGCAGCAGCAACAGCCAAUGAAUGCCAAGUCGCCCGGCGCUCGUCUGGCGGUAAAUGAGCUAUUUGGUCACGGCAAUGCCGGUCCACCGCUGCCGCCGGCCAAUCAGACGCCCGCGCAGAAGCGUCAGCAGCUACAGAAAUUGUCACCACAGUCCACCACAUCAUCGUCGUCGCAUACAUCACACACACACAGCAACCCCAAUCCUCACCAGCUCACCCAUCAGCAUCCGCAGCCACAUCCACAUCUGCAUCCCCCACACCAUCAGCAGCGCCACCUGUCGGCCAUGCUGGAUGAGAACAACACGGUGCGAUGUUAUCUGGAACCACUGGCCAAGUGAGCCGGAUAGCGUAGAACCUCCAUCUCCGGAACGGAACGGAAUGGAACGGAACAGUCUUAGGCAAAAAUUGUAGCUUAGGAUCUCUAGCUAUACCUAGUAUUAGUCGUUAGUCGAAAUAUGGAGCAUUGUGUGAAACAACAUGCUGUCAUGCUAUACGUGCAGUGAUUCGAGAAUCCCAAAACUUUAUGAAUGUAUAUGAGAAUAACUAUAGGCACACACCAUCCAUCCCAACCCAUCCCAUCCACCCACCCACACACACACACUCACGAAGCCGUGCAAGCUUAACCAAAAUACGAGGGAUAUGAGGGAUUACGUGGGAAUUGGGUCCUUCGACUUGCAUGCAUUUUAUACCAACUUGGAAAUCGAUAUUAAAUAUAAAUGUAUGUACCAUAUAUAUGUAAAAUGUAUUGUAAUACAUGUCACCACAUGCCAUUUUUAAAUACUUAAAUGAUAAUUUAAACAAACAGAAAAUCAAGUAUAUAUAUAUAUAUAUAUGGAUGUAUAUGUAUAAGAUCUGAGAACUGUAUGUACAUGAUGAUAUAUAGAAUGCAGGCGAAUUAUGUUUUAUGUAUUUUGUAAGGAAUCAAUUGUUUUUGAUUUUCGCUGAUUAUGCUCGUAAGAUAUAUAUAUAUACACACACACAGGCUUAAGAUUUGUUUCGUGUUUCAUAAACCAAAAAGAAGAAGAAAAACCUACGUUUCGAAGUUUUGUAAUUUUUUGCUCUCCAACUGCCGAUUUACACCUCUGAACCAAAUAUUCCUUCCAACUAUGAAACAAGUGUAAAGACAUGAUUUCGAGGGAAUUAUAAUGCCAUUAUAAUUUGUUAUUGCAUUUCUUUUACGUUGUAAGCAAACCAGAGCGAAGCAUUUGAAGUGAACAUUUUCAUCAAUAUAGCGGCUUUAAGCACACAUUUAGGGGCAUUUACUUUAUAUUUUCGGAAGAGAGUUCGUAGAAUGCUUUAUAAUUUAUACGAUAUAACGAGAGAUUAAAUAAAACGAAUGCUAUGAAAAUGUCUUGAAAAUUGCAUUGCAGGCACCAAACCGAAACCGAUAGAGCAGCAUACGGAAAUACCUAUAUAGCAAAGAAAGAUUUCAACCGAACCUCACUUGUUAACUAGGAACUAACUGAAAACUCUAACUCUUUAAACACUAGCCAGCUAACAUCCAAACACACACUAAACUGUACUAUUCCUACUCCCUGAAUGGCAUUCUCCCUAGAAUUUCACGCAUGUGUACAAAAACCAAAUAAAAUAAAGUGCAAACAAA